AUGGCGUACAGCUCUACUUCAAGAAUUGGUGAUACUGCCAGACACUCAGGAAAAAGAGAAGGUGGUAACGAUGGGAAAGUAUCGCCAUCCACGGCAUCACAUAUGGAACGCGAAUCAGAGAGAAGAACCGAUCAGUUCAUGGCAUCUGACAGCUUCUACCACAGAAUGGAAGGGAUGAUAAAGAAGGGGGACGUCGAAGCAAUUCUUAAGCAACAGAGGAAAACGCUAGCAAACUUUGAGAAGACGAAUGCCAAAUUUGGAAAAUUCAAUGAUUUGUCUGCAGCCAGAUUCCUGAACUUAAACAAUCAAUUGAAGGGUCAUACCAAGAUGUUAUUAGACAUGAAAAAAGAUUUGGAUUCAAUCUUUAGAAGAAUAAGAACAUUAAAGACUAAACUGACAAAGCAGUAUGGAUCUGCUUUUGAAGCUGUCUCAGCUGGUAUACAAAAACUGGAGGAAGAACUUGGUGCUAGUAUUGAGAAUGAAGAUGCUUCUUCAGUUCACACAUUGACAGAAAGCCAGGAGUUUAAAUCAGACAAUCAGCCCUCAAACCAAGAACAGGCAUCUGGAGAAAAAAAUAUUCACCAAAGUGCUGAAGAAGGCACAUGUCAAGGUGGCAUAAGUCAAUCAAUGUCCUAUAAACUUCUGGGAGAGGAAAGCAUUAAAGACCAAUGUACUGAUGAUAAAUCAGUUAGAAACUCAAUUCUGCCUGUGGCAUCUAUAAAUGCAGAGGCAAAGAGUAGUCAGGAAAAUUGUCCUGGAUUAAAAGAUAAGACAGUUGAUACAGAGAGGACAGUCACUGAAACACCUUAUAGUCAGAGUGGGUUGUUUGGAAGAGCAUUAGGUGCUCAAGAAUUCAAAGAAAGUAAUGCAGGAGGCACAGUGGACUUGCCUGAUUUGACGGGGGCAAAAGACACCAUUGACUUUGAAGUUAAAGGGAACAAGGAUACAGGCGCAAUAAGUAAGAGUCUGAAUUUAAGCAGUAGAACAGAGAAACCAGACAUAAGUGACACUGAUAAGACACUAGACACAAGUAGGGUAACCAAGAAAGGAGAUACAUGAGAGUUAACAAGGAAUAUAGACCCUGGUGAAGACUUUAUUUGACAUUGUACAAAGUGCAGACGACAAUAUGGCUUGCUACAAUGGUGGAUACAUUCAUUAUUGGUGCUGCACACUGAAUCAUGCUGUAGUUCUGUAGAAUUUGACGGUAGUAGCCCCAAAUAAUCUUCCUAUAGGGAAAUCCAACAUCCCUUUUUUUUAUUCAUCCAGAAAGGGAUAUAAAGAAGAAUAUUGCAUUUGGAUACUUGAUUGCCUCUAAAAAACAAAAAAUUAAGUCUUGAUUCAUUAAAUGUAACAAUUUAUGUUCCUCAACGUGAUGCAACUGCAUUAAAGAAAAUACCACGGUCUCUUUUCGUAAUAAAUAUGAUGAACUGAA